AUGUCUUAAUUAACAGGGGGAUACUCAGAAGAAAAGGAAGCUAAACUUAGUAUGGUUUCGACAGUAAAUCAAGGUUUUGAUGAUGAAGUAGAACCACACGAGAACAUUUCAUCAAAUAGGCAGUAGUUUUACAUUUGGGUAUUAUUCUUAAACCAUAUUUCAGCUUAAUGGUAGACAUAUUGUAUGACUUUCUCUAAAUCUUAUUUUUUAGUAUUUGUGUAUCUAGCAAACAGUAAAGACCCUUAUAAUAAUAUACAGCUUGAUUUGGAUCUCUCUGGAGAGACAUAUGCUCUAAUUACUGGUACUGUGUUUACUUUAGUCAAUUCAGUAUUUGGGCUCUUGAUGGGUUACUUAGCUGACAGAUAUAAUAGGAAAUGGAUUUUGUUUCCAAUGACAUUACUUUGGUCUGUAAUGACUCUUCUCAGUGCUUUUACGCAUAACUUUUGGGAGGUGCUCUUACCUAGAAUAGGUUUCUCAUUCUUUAUGAGUGCAUGUGUUCCGGUUUCUGUAAGUCUAAUCAAUGACUAUUUUGAACAUGAGAAAAGAGGUAGAGCAAACAGUCUAUUUGCUUUUGGAAUUUACUUAGGAGGAGGACUUAGUUCAUUAACUUUGAUUCUAGAUGAGUAUUGUGGUUUGUAGCAUUAAUCUCGCAUUCUCUCUUCCUUUAAUCUUUUUCAAAGAACCGAAGAGAAUUUAGGUCUUGAAAUCAUAAGUAGCGAACUUCAUUCUUAGUUCAAGAGAAACUGUCAAGGAUAGCUAAUACAAUUAGCUUGUAACCUAAUAGGAUUAGCAAGAUCAAAAUAAUGCUAUGCAGCCCUAGAUCGAAGAUGUCUAAUUCUAGAAGCUUACUACGACUAUUACUAAGCCAUACAAGAUCUUGAGCUUUACUUAAAAGGUCAAAGAAAUUAUCCAGAUCAUACUAAAGAAUACUCAAUUAUUAAUGCUUUCGUUGUUAUCGUCGGUGGAUUGACCUCCUCAUAUAUGGGUGGCUAUAUCACUGACAAGUAUGAGGGACAAUAUCCAAGGAUUAAAGGUUAUAUAAGUGGAUUUGGUGCUUUAACUUCUUGCAUUUUUAUAAUAAUCACCUAUGCCGUGUAGUCAAAUUUUUACCUCGGAAUGUUUAGCUUGUUUAUGGCUUAUCUCACAGCUGAGAUGUGGUAUGGUCCAGCUCAUGCAGCUGUUAACAGAAUAUUUCCCUCUGAAUUUUAAGGUAUUGCAAUAGCUAUUUUUACAUUGCUUGGAGCGACUGCUGGUGCACUCGCUACAUACCUUUUGGGUUAUAUUGGUGAUAAGCUUGAAACUAAAACAUAUCCAGAAAGAUCUGGCUACUGUUUAACAGCAUUCGUUCUAUUCAGUUAUUGUUCUUGCUGUCCGAUGUUUGUCUGGGCAUCAAUCGAAUAUGAAAAGAUGUUAAAGGGUAAAGAAUUAAAGAAGCUUAAUUAACAAUAACAAUAAAUAUUACAAGUAUCAUCAUCCUAAUAAAAAUAUCACACAAUCAAGAAUUAAAAUGAUAAUAGCCAACCUGAUCAAUCCUGA